UAAAGUAUUGUAACAAGUAACAGUUAACUGAUAAGUAUGAAAUUUGUCUCAGGAUUUGAUAAAUUAUAAAGCAUUAAUUGAUUCGAAAAUCAAGAACUUUGAUUCCUGAAAUUAAAUUCAUGCAUUUAGAAUGCAAUAUUAAUCUUGAAGUGUAAAUAAAGUUAAAAACACAAAGUAAGGCCAAAGCAGAUUAGUAGAGCCAACAUUCUCAAGUAAAAUUCAUAACCGCAACCGUGAUUUUGCUACAGAAAAAUAAUCAUUAGAGUGAUCGUCCCCAACUUCGUACCUUUCACGUAAAGAAAAUGACGAAAGGUACAUCAAGUUUUGGUAAACGGAGGAACAAGACUCACACCCUUUGCAGGCGUUGUGGUCGUAGUAGUUAUCACAUCCAAAAGUCAUUGUGUGCACAAUGUGGAUAUCCUCAUAAAAGAUUAAGGCAUUAUAACUGGAGCGUGAAGGGUAAACGUAGGAAGACAACUGGUACUGGAAGACUAAGACAUCUUAAAAAAGUUUGGAGAAGAUUUAAUCAUGGCUUCAGGGAAGGUGGUCAAGCUAAACCUCAAAAACACGGUGCUGCUGCUGCUGCAAGUGUAUCAAAAUAACUGGAUUUGUAAAUAAAAAAAAUCACAAAA